GAGAGAGAGAGAGAUGCAGUCCGAGCGCGUGUGUGUAGGGUUAGCACUCGUUUGCAUUCCAGACACACAGACAGAAAACUGCUGAGAUCAAACCGCUUGUUUUUUAAGGACUAAACUCGACUAAAGCAGAAGUUAUGGGGAAGAUUUUUCUUUUAUUUUUGAUUACUUUUCUUCUUCUAUAUGCGACCCAAGCUAAAGGAAAGAGGGCCCGGAAAACCAAGCGCAACGUCACUGAUAGCGCCAGACCGAGGACCUUUCAAGGAAACGCUAUCCCAGUCAACAUUCCUCUUCCUGCCAACCGAACAGAACCACACACGCGUGUCCGCUCCUUCGCCGUGGGUUAUAUAGAAAUGGAGUUGCGUAGCAACAACACUGCAACGUACCUCAGUGGUCCUGUGAGCCGGUGGUUCAUCCCAACUAUCUACAUCAUUGCCAUCCUUGUUGGGAUUCCCGCCAAUAUUGCAAUUUUGGUUGCUCUUGGAGCCAAAGUGAGAACAGUUUCAUCUGCCAUUUUGUACUGUAGCUUAGCAGUGUCUGACCUGCUGCUGUUGCUUAGCCUCUUGUUGAAGGCGCAUUAUCACCUCAACGGCAACCAUUGGAUAUUCGGCGAAACCGCAUGUCGCAUCACUACCGCCUGUUUCUAUGGCAACCUCUAUUGCUCAACCUAUACGCUAGCUUGCAUUAGCAUUAAACGCUACCUAGGUGUGGUUCACCCCUUUCUCUACAAGAGCCUGCCAAAGCGAACAUUCACUGUGUCGUGUUGCUUGACCAUUUGGGUCGUAUUUAUCAUCGCCAUCCUUCCAGAGCUCCUAGUCAAACAGAGCUACCGCAUAGCCCAUCUAGAAAUCAUCACGUGCCAUGAUGUCCUUCCGGGCAACUUAGAUGCCUAUCAAUGGCUCGUCUACUAUAAUCUUGGCCUUACUUGUUUGGGCUUCUUCCUGCCCUUGGUGUUGACGGUAGCGUGCUACACUUCUAUAGUCUGGCAUCUUAAUCGCUCGCACCGGGACUGGGCCUUGUACAUCCGAGCAAGCACUUUUAACUUCAUCAUCUUCAUCGUUUGCUUCGGCCCGAGCAGCUGUUUUAAUUUUGUGCAUUAUGUGUUGCUCUCUACAAGCACUGAUGAGAAUUUCUACAUCUACUUUAGUGUGGCUGUGUGCUUGUGUUGCCUUCAUAGCGCUCUCGAUCCGUUUCUGUUCGCAAUCAUGUCCAGGACUGUUGGGCCGAAACGCUAUUUUCUUACGCGCAAGGGUCGUGCACAUAGCAUUUCUGCUUAAAAAUAUUAAAAUGCUAUGAAACGUUUUAGUAUUAACGUGCACUUAUUAAUAAUAAGACCAGAAAUGUGUCUUAGGAAAAUAAUUUGGGUCAGUUUUUGAUUUAGUGUCGACCUUAAAUCUUAAUCAAAAAGUUGUUUCGCUCCUUUAUAGCUCAUUGCAUAGCAGCGUAAAAGGUCAUGGGUUUGAACCCAGGGAACACACGUAUUGAUAAAAAUAAAUUGUAAUGCACUGUAAGAUGCUUUGAAUAAAAGUGUAGGCCAAAAUGCAUGCAUGUAAAUGUUUUUUGGUUUUGAUUUUGAUUCUGAAUACGAACGGUAUUCCUAUUCUAGUGUACUGUAUUUACUGGCACAAGUACAAUGAGGACUAAUAUAUUUUGGCUUGAAUCGGUUGGAUAGAACCGGCUCCCUUUAUACUGAAUACAAAUGGAGAGACAUUUGAAUGCUUUAGACAGAAAGGAGUGUAAUGAACGGCCUGGACUGUGUUCAGAAUGUGUGUGUGUGUGUGUGUGUGUGUGUGUUUGUGUGUCUGUUUGUGAACAGGGAAGUGUUAUUUAAAGCCUUGUUGACCAAGGUAAAGCUUAACUGUACACGCUUUUGUAUAGAAAAUCUGAAUGCUUUGUGAAAAUCAUGAUAUAUUUACUGUAACCUUAUGUAAAUGUAAAUUACAGUAUUAAUAUAGUCAUUAAAGCAAAUAAUAAAGCAAAA